ACCAAAUUGUGUUGCACCGGGUGUAACCAACGAGCUAACGUUAGGCUAGUUAGAUGUAGCUAGCUAGCUUUAGAUUCUUGUCGGCGUACGCAGCUGUAGAAUGAACAUUAUACACACGAUUAUUGAGGGAUACUGAGGAAAGUCGUUGGUGUCACUUUAUUUUACAACCACACUGCAGUUGUCGUCGACGUCUUCUGCUUAGUUAUUUUCACCAUUAGCUGUCCAGUGUUGGUCAGUUAGCUACGUUAGCUCGAUACAGUAGCGUAUGGGUGUCAAAGUUAGCCGUGACUUCACCGGGUGUCUGGUUGCCUGAUCUCACAUUUCGGACACGUCAAGGUUCCUCAAAUCUAUAUCUCGAUUUUGGGGGCUGUGAUGUCGGAGCCCAAGACCCCCACUCCCACUCCUGCUGGCGACACAUACAAAGGAUGGGUGUUCAAGUGGACAAACUACAUCAAGGGUUAUCAGCGGAGGUGGUUUGUCCUGAGCAAUGGGCUGCUGUCAUACUACAGGACCCAGGCGGAGAUGGGCCACACGUGUAGAGGCACAAUCAACUUGGCCACGGCGACUAUCACUGUGGAUGACGCCUGCAACUUUGUCAUCUCCAAUGGCGGGGCACAGACGUAUCACCUGAAGGCCAGCUGUGAAGUGGAACGUCAGCGCUGGAUCACUGCCCUGGAACUGGCCAAAGCCAAGGCGGCCCGCAUGCAGGCUGAGUCAGAUGACUCGGGGGACGACUUUUCCCCAUCGUCCCCACCGGCGGCGCCCGGACAAGGUGGCGGGUCACAGAACUCAGAGGUUCAGUCUGCUCUCAGAACACUAGGCAGCAAGGUGGAGGAUCUCAGCACGUGCAACGACCUAAUUUCAAAGCAUGGCUCUGCCCUCCAGAGGUCUUUAUCAGAACUGGACAGUUUGCGUCUGACUGGAGAGGCUGGGGAUAAGAUUCGCCAGGUGACAGAGAGGGCCACGCUGUUCCGCAUCACUUCUAACGCCAUGAUUAAUGCGUGCAGAGACUUCCUCGCGCUGGCUCAGGCUCACAGCAAGCGAUGGCAGAAGGCCCUUCAGGCAGAGCGGGACCAGCGAGUCAGGUUGGAGGAGACUUUAGAGCAACUGGCCAAGCAGCACAACCACCUGGAGCGAGCGUUCAGAGGAGCUGCACAGGCUAACGCUACUGCAGACAACAAAAGUGCUGCCGGGCCGGGAAAAGGUGAGGCCAGCGACGAGGACGACGACAACGAGUUCUUUGACGCCAUGGAAGAGGCUCCCGAGUUUAUCACUGUACCCGCAGAUCCCCAGUUCCACAAACGGUCAAGCAGUAACAUAAGCGGUUUCAACAGUGAAAUGUGUCCUGAUGAUCAAUCGCUUAAUGAGGAGCCUUUAGCGAUGAACCAGGAGUCUCCCUCUCAGGAGCUGGUACCCCUGAAGAAGAGGCGAGCACGCAUCCCAGACAAACCCAACUACUCUCUCAACCUGUGGAGUAUCAUGAAGAACUGUAUUGGCAAAGAGCUGUCCAAGAUCCCCAUGCCUGUAAACUUCAACGAGCCCAUUUCCAUGCUGCAGCGGUUGUCGGAGGACCUUGAGUACCAUGAGCUGCUGGAUAAGGCUGCCAAGUGCCAGAGUUCGCUGGAGCAAAUGUGCUACGUGGCCGCCUUCUCCGUCUCUUCCUACUCGACCACCGUCUACCGCACGGGCAAGCCUUUCAACCCUCUGCUGGGAGAGACGUAUGAGCUGGACCGCCGGAGAGAGAGCGGCUACCGCUCCCUCUGCGAGCAGGUGAGUCACCACCCCCCUGCGGCAGCGCACCAUGUGAUCUCCGAUCGUGGCUGGACCCUGAGACAGGAAAUCACUGUUGCCAGCAAGUUCAGAGGCAAAUACCUCUCGAUUAUGCCUCUAGGCACGAUUCAUGCAAUCUUUGAAAAGGGCAACAAUCACUACACAUGGAAGAAAGUUACCACCACAGUGCACAACAUCAUCGUAGGAAAACUGUGGAUCGAUCAGUCAGGAGAGAUAGACGUUGUGAACCACACCACUGGAGACCGCUGCCACUUGAAGUUCGCUCCUUACAGCUACUUCUCCAGAGAUGUUGCCAGGAAGGUGACAGGUGUGGUGAUGGACAAGGACGGCAAGGCCCACUACGUGCUGUCGGGCACGUGGGAUGAGAAGAUGGAGUUCUCCCGGGUGAUGCAGAGCAGCCGAGGAGGAGAGAAUGGCACAGAGGGCAAACAGAAGACAGUCUAUCAAACCCUCAAAGCCAGAGAGGUUUGGAGGAGGAACCCUCUACCCGAGGGAGCAGAGACCAUGUACUACUUCACUGCCUUGGCGCUGACCCUAAAUGAGUCUGAGGAGGGCGUGGCGCCCACGGACAGCCGGCGCCGGCCUGACCAGCGCCUGAUGGAGGACGGCCGCUGGGACGAGGCCAACUCGGAGAAGCAGCGGCUGGAGGAGAAGCAACGCAGCGCCCGGCGGGAAAGAGAGCGGGAAGCCGCCAGCCAACGCACCUCCAGCCAAUCAGAAGAAGCUGUCGAUGAGGACUCUCUUACUGAUCCAUCCUUAAAAAGCACACCUCAUGACAACUACCAGGCACUUUGGUUCGAGCGCUGCGAGGACCGGAUCACAGGUGAGCAAGUCCAUAUCUAUAAGGGAGGCUACUGGGAAGCUAAGGAGCGUAGCAGCUGGGAGGGCUGUCCGGACAUAUUUUGACCUCGGCAUUGACUGCCAAGUGCCCCGAAGAGACCGAUCCAUCGAAGCCGCCUGGUGGACAGCUAUCAGCUUGUCCCCACCCUCCCACUUGGACAGCUGCCUCCCUCCAGUCACUCUCUGUUCUAAGAGAUCUCCAGAGGGGGAGCAGGGUUUUUCCUCCGGCCUCCCUUGUCCCAUUUGGUUCCUGUCCCCCACCCCCUUGUUGCCGUCACACAUCUAAGAGGACUGGAAUUAUUUUGUGCUGCUUUGACUCGGGUCACUCUGAGCAUUAGGGGGAGGAAAUGAAACGGGCAGUGCUUCCAAAUCAUCAGUAGAUCAUUCUUUUAGUCUCUCUGCUCAAGUCUGUGCAGUCUCUCAGAUCAGGAGCAGAAGAGGUUUUGUGCUGAUAACACCCUGUGAGAUAAUGUAGUGUCCCUAUUGUCAUCCACAGCGUUGUGUGCUUUGGUAAUAACUCUAAAAAAAAAGGGGGGUAAGACCUGGUUAAUAUAUACAUUUAUAUAUAAAUAUAAUUCAAAUAAUUUCAUUAAAAUGUUGACUGGUGGCCUUCAAGACGUUAGCAAGGAUUUCUUGUUUCUCUCUCUGAUUUAGUGUCUUAAUGUAAUGAAGUGAAGGUUCUAGUGUGCUUGUGUGUAUGACUGCAUAUCUGCUCUUCCAUCACUUUACAACGCUGCCUCUGUGCAGUAUACUGUGUUAAAAAAAAAAAAAGAAGAAGAAGAAUACUGGUUGGACCUCUACCACCCGUCAUGUUUUAUAGUUAGAAGAGAUUUUUAUUUUGUUUCCUUCACAAAGCUCUGAUGGAAAUUGUGAUGGUGAACAUUUUGAUGUGGCUAAACACCCUUUCUCUUCGCCUUAGACAUGAGCAACCUGCUCUCACUUGUAUUGACGUUGUAUGACACUGACAUUUGUAGCUGGUUUCUUGUACAAACAUUAAAACUAUGAAGAAGUAAUCGGGUUUGCAAAAUGGCCGACAUCUUGUUCCAGUGCUGAGAAAACCUCACAGUAGUGCAGUUUUAUUCAGUAACAAUUAAUGAAAUUACCCCUUUUCACAGCGUUGGAAUAACUUGUCGCCAUUUUGCAGAUGAAGUGAGAAGGUAACUACGUUACAUGGCAGUAAAAAUGGUGAAGGUAUACUUGGUGUGGUUUUGUGUGUUGAGAGGAACACACACACAUGAAUGUGCAAAGAAAACAAAAGUGAACACCGCGGUGAAAAUAAACGUCACACUUUGAUGUAUCUGCUGAAAAGUUCAUACAUAUGCAAGUGCAUUCUGACACCAAAAACAUGGGAUAUAAUAUGUGUGUGCGUGUGUGUGAAUUUCAUAAUUUUGUUUGUAAGUGUACUUAAAAAUGAAGAAUAAAGAAACAAAGAAUUUAAAAGCAUUGCAAAUAACUAUGAUUUUAUAAAUGUAUAGAAAUUCAUAUAGUAUUGAUAACUGUAAGGUAGUUUUUUUUCUUGUAUUUUUGCUUCCUCUCAUAUUACUGGAAGAGGACUGUCUUCAUUUUCAGAAAAAAAGGGAGUUUCCAUACUUAACUGAGAGGGGAGACGUGACAUUGUUCAGUAUUUUGUAUUAACAAAGAAGAAGAAUCUGUAAUAAACAAAUGCUGUGAUGUCAAACAAA